AUGAAUCUUGCAAGAGAAAGUGGUCAGAAAAGGAUCCAGUGGCAGAAUUCCAGGAUGAAGUCUAGUCGUCAGAAGGGAGUUGAGGCCAGAGAAUUGAUGACUAUGAGAGUGAAUUCUGCAGACAAGAAUCCAGUCAUUGAAGAGGACCAGGUUUCAGAAACAGAAUCCAGGUACCUAAGAGCAGGGUGCGGGAAGAUGCAGAUUUGUCUGAAAUUAUUCAUCCUCAUGGCCCAAAUGAGAGUACGUGGAGAACUUUUGUCCCACUCUAUACAUUGCUUUCUGCCACAUCCUCAGUCUCUACCGGAGGAACACGUGGCUGUACCAGGCACUGUGGGAAGGCACGCGGGUUCAGAGCGUGGAGCAGAUGGGCGAGGUGGCCUAGGGAGCGGCCCGCAUCCGUGGGGAGACGCUGGGCCUCAACGGCUUUGGUUGCACGGGGCAGGCGUUGCAGUUCGAGCCAAAGCCUUUGGAUUCAGCGUCAUAUUUUAUGACCCCUACUUGCAGGAUGUGGUCGAGCGGUCCCUGGGCGUGCAGAGGGUCUACACCCUGCAGGAUUUGCUGUAUCAGAGCGACUGCGUCCCCUUGCACUGCAAUGUCAACGAACAUAACCACCACCUCAUCAAUGACUUUACCAUAAAGCAGAUGAGGCAGGGAGCAUUCCUUGUGAACGCAGCCCGUGGUGGCCUGGUGGACGAGAAAGCCUUAGCACAAGCCCUCAAGGAGGGCACGAUACGAGGGGCAGCCCUCGACAUGCAUGAGUCGGAGCCCUUCAGCUUUGCUCAGGGUCCGUUGAAAAAUGCCCCGAAUCUUAUCUGCACUCCUCACACUGCCUGGUACAGCGAGCAGGCGUCACUGGAGAUGAGGGAGGCAGCUGCCACAGAAAUCCGCCGAGCCAUCACAGGUCGCAUCCCAGAAAGCUUAAGAAAUUGUGUGAACAAGGAAUUCUUUGUCACAUCAGCGCCUUGGUCAGUAAUAGACCAGCAAGCAAUUCAUCCUGAGCUCAAUGGUGCCACAUACAGAUAUCCGCCAGGCGUCGUGGGUGUGGCUCCAGGAGGACUCCCUGCAGCCGUGGAAGGGAUCAUCCCUGGAAGGGAUCAUCCCUGGAGGCAUCCCAGUGACUCACAACCUCCCGACAGUGGCACAUCCUUCCCAAGCGUCCUCUCCCAACCAAACACGGGGACAAUCGAGAGCACCCCAACGAGCAAUAGCAGAGAAUGCCGGAAGGUAAUCACUCAGAUACACUUGGGACCAAGAGACAGUGAAAAAUAGAUGAACUAAGAGAAAAAGAAUCGGAUGGACUUUGUAACUGAUUCUGGACAUAUGCAUCAUUGAUGUUGCAGUGUUAAAACUACAAGAGCUAGAAAACUAAAGAUGUCGUCUGCUUACGGAAGCGCUGAAAGACUAGGAUGUGAUUUAUUAACGACCAACUUCUGUUAUUGUGUGUUAAGCUUUUCAUCUGUGCAUCAAAUCACAAAGAAUAAAUAGAGCUUUUUCUUUAUCAGUCCGUUGGGCACAGCAGGUCCUGAACACCCUGCUCUACAAUGUUGCAUCAAGAGUUCAAACAACAAAAUAAAAAAUAUUAAGAGGAAAUCCCCACCCUGUGACUUGAGUCCCUUAAGUCUACAGGGGCUGGUGACCUCUUUUUUGCUAAUAGGAAAAUCACAUUACUACAAAAUGGGGAGAAAACUGCUUGCCUGUGGUAGACACCUGCACACAUAGGAUUGAAGACAAUACAGGCUCCUGUACAGAGAAGUGUCUCACGUCUGAACUGCAUACUGAGCGGGCAAGUUGGUUGUAAGUUCAGUAAAACCCUCUGAUGAUGCAAAAAAAAAAAAAAAAGUAUUAAGUUCCACAAGCUGUUUGUACUCAAAUAUAUUUUCUCAGUUUCAGAUCCUCUGCUAUUUUAUUGAGUGGAAAGUCUUGAGCUAAAAUGUUCAAGAAGAAUAAUGUUGCAUUUCCUUAUGUCUCAGGAAACACUUUUUAUGGUAACUUGUCAGAUUGUCUAUGAAAAAACCCACUUUUUUAGACAUUGAUAAAGUCUUCUUUUCUUCACAUGCUAUUUUAUACAAGAACACUUCAGGUGUAUUAGAUGUGACUGAUUUUAACAAAUCCUAUUAGAUUUGUAUCAACUAGUUACAUGUUCUAUUCACAGUCUUUUGUGAAUCAUUGCCUUUUUCUUUAAAAAGAUGGCCUAUUUUGAGCCUUUGUAUAGGUACAUUCCUGCUUUUGUGACAAAAGAAAAACUUUAAAAUUGUCCCAAACAGAAAAAUAAUGGCUAUUAGAAGUAUGUUUUGUUUUAGUGUGAGUUACCAUUACUGUAUUUGUUUAUUGUAAAGGUGGACAUUUAGCGUUCAGUGCAGUUUUCAAUAAAAAGUAAUUAAAAUUUGU